CGUUCCUCCGCACGCGCCGUGGACGGGGGCGUGUGAGAGGGUGAGAGCUCCGGGCUGCCUGCGCGGUUUCCAUAGCGACGGUGGUACACAGCCGCUGAGCUAGGUGCUAAGCCGGGGACGAGGCAUGGCGACCUUCCCGAAUGGGGAGACCGAAUCUGUAGGCGAAGAUCUGGCCGGCCUCCAACUUGAGGCGAUCAUCGGGUUCAAUGGGCAUGUACCCUCUGGCCUCAUCUGCCACCCAGAUCGAGAGCACCUCAUCUACCCUCUGGGAUGUACAGUCAUUAUCCAAGGCAUAAAUGUUUGCACCCAGGAUUUUUUACACGGUCACACCAACAAUGUCUCCUGUGUUACAGUUUCUCCGAGUGGAUCCUAUGUGGCUUCUGGUCAGAUCACAUUCAUGGGCUUCAAGGCUGAUAUCAUUUUAUGGGAUUACCAGAAAAAAGAGAUGAUGGCUCGGCUGUCACUUCACAAGGGUAAAAUUGAAAAUCUUGCAUUCUCUCCAAAUGACCUUUACCUGGUAUCUCUGGGAGGUCAGGAUGAUGGAAGCAUGGUGGUGUGGAGUGUCCUAAAGAAAGAGGCCAUUUGUGGCAGUCCUGCUUCUGCUCGUAGCGCUGGGAACCCGACCACACUGGUGUAUUCUAAUUGCAGGGAUGAAAUGUUCAUUAGUGCUGGAAAUGGAACCAUUCGUGUAUGGGAAUUGGAUUUACCCAACAGAAAAAUCCGACCAACUGAGUGUCAAACAGGGCAGCUGAAAAGAAUAGUUACGUGUGCUGUGAUGACCGAUGAUGACAGUUACUUCUAUAUUGGCACAUCCACUGGUGAUGUCCUGAAACUCAAUACCAAAAGCACACUGAUGAGUGACUAUGGUCCAUUGAAGGAGAAAUUCAGCCUGGGAGUCACAGCUUUGCUUUUGCUGAAGACGGGUGACUUAGUCAUCGGCACAGGAGCUGGAAUUAUAGCUCAUUGCUCAGGAUCCAACUAUAAAGUAAUAAAAAAAGUUCAGUUGGAAGGUGCCAUCACAUCCAUCACGCCAAGAGGACAGGGCCACCAGUUUUUUGUGGGCACCGAGGAGGCUCAGAUUUAUCGGUUCUCCUAUUCAGACUUUAAGGACGAACUCAUAGCCACCUGCCACAGUGAGGCCAUCCAUGAUAUCAUUUUCCCAUUUGGUACAUCUGACUUGUUUGCCACCUGCUCCAAGAGCGACAUCCGUGUGUGGUAUACGCCUGAAAAUAGGGAGCUGCUACGGAUAACAGUCCCUAACAUGACAUGUCAUGCCAUAGAUUUUAUGAGGGACGGCAAAAGUAUCAUUUCAGCAUGGAAUGAUGGGAAGAUCCGUGCCUUCACCCCAGAAACUGGGCGGCUAAUGUACGUGAUAGAACAUGCUCAUAGCAUGGGCGUGACAGCUGUGGCUACCACAAGUGACUGCAAAAGAAUCAUCAGUGGAGGAGGUGAAGGCCAGGUGAGAGUGUGGGAAGUUGGCAAGGACACACGCAAACUGGAAGAGGUCAUGAAGGAGCACAUCUCUUCUAUUUCAUGCAUCAAGAUAAAGAAGAAUAACCAGGAAUGUGUCACAGCCAGUAUCGAUGGAACAUGCAUUAUCUGGGAUCUUGUUCGCUUCAUGAGACGUCAGAUGAUCUUGGCCAACACCUUGUUCAAAUGUGUGUGUUAUCAUCCUGAUGAGCACCAACUUAUCACAAGUGGCACAGACCGGAAGAUUGGUUACUGGGAGGUGUUUGAUGGGUCCCCAAUCAGAGACCUAGAGGGCUCCCUGUCUGGUUCCAUCAAUGGGAUGGAUAUUACAUCAGAUGGAGUCUACUUUGUCAUUGGAGGUGAUGACCACCUAGUGAAAGUGUGGGAUUAUAAUGAGGGUGAAGUGACUUACGUUGGGGUUGGCCACAGUGGCAGCAUCACCCGCCUGAAGAUCUGCCCUAACAACAAAUUUAUUGUGAGCGUAAGUGCUGAUGGCGCCAUCCUUCGCUGGAAGUACCCUCAUGUCCACUAAUGCCUAACAGCAGCUGCCGCUACUGUUUUGAACUAUUCUUGUUGACACUGUUUUUAAAGCUUAGAAACUCUUGCUGCUUCUGUGAGAGAUAAUAGUUUGUUUUGUAAAGAGAUCUGGCCUGAAAUAAUCAGACCUUCCUCUAGUAUUAUUGUCCAUAGAUCCAAGUGCCUAUUGUUGUUCUUGGUUUCAGUUGGUACUCGCUGUGAACCUCAGGCAUGGCACAUUGGUAUUUAUGUCUGUGAUGUAUUCUCUUUGAAAUUUCAGUUAAGAGACUUUGUC